AGCCUUCAGGGAGGGGUCUGUGCAGGCUGGAGGUUGACCAGUUUGAUGCUGUGCAGUGAGAGAGAGAGAGAGACAGACAGCAGGGCUGGGCCUGGAAUUGGGGGCUGGUGACUCACUGCAGAACUCAUGGCUUUAAACUGGACAAGGGCACCUUGAAGAGGACGCAGAGGAAUUAGCCGUCCUGGUGACAUCUCCAGCCUCACGCUCCGUGUAUCCUCCAGUCUAAAGUCCAUCAGGGAAACUGCUGCAUCCCCACCCACCAUGGGUGAGGUGCCAGAAGACUGCGGGUUGGCCGAUGUGGUGCCAUUAUUUAAGAAAAGUAGUACGGAAAAGCCACUGAACCAUAGACUGGUGAGCCUUACGUCGAUUCUGGAGAUGCCUCACUUCCUGGACUGGUUCGUGCCUGUCUACCUGAUGAUCUCCAUUCUAAUCCUGGUUGGCUUCGGAGCCUGCAUCUACUACUUUGAGCCUGGCCUGCAGGAGGCGCACAAGUGGAGGACCCAGCGACCCAUCACGGAGCGGGAGGUCCGGAAAACAUUAAUGAUCCGGGACAAUCUGGGAUUUCGGGCCCCUGAGGUCUGAGAAUGAGACUACCCCCUGCAGAGCCGCAUGGACAAUCAUUAGCCCACAAACAUUAGUGCCAUUCGUGAACAUUUAAUAAGACAGCAAAUUCUUCAAAUUGAUUAGUUCACCGCUGCAUGGCAAUUACAUUUUAAUUUUGGGUUGCAAAGAAAAUUGCCCUUAAAGCUGAUUGCGAGUUUCAUCCUGAUAUGGGGAUAGCGAGCAAUAAUUAAUUUUUAUAAGUUCAACAACUUGUGUAAGUUUCACAGACUGAUAUGUGGGAUGGCAGGACUGAAGAAAGACUGGGUUAGGGUAGUAUUAACAGGAGUUUAGAAAAAUGAGGGGGCACUCUCACAGAAAUUUGUAAAAUUCCAACGCGAGUUGACACGAUAAACGCAGAAGGGACGUUCGCACUGACCAGGGGUCACAGCUUAAGGAUACAGGGUGGGACAUUUAGGACUAAGAUGACGAGAAAUUUCUUCGCCCAGAGAGUGGUGAGCCUAUGGAAUUCUUUGCCACAGAAAGCAGUUCAGGACAGAAUAUUGAAUGUUUUCAAGAAGGCAAUAGAUAUCGUUCUCAAAGCUGAAAGAAUCAAAGGGUAUGGGGGUAGAAAGCGGAAACAGGGGACUGAGUCGGAUGAUCAGCCCUGAUCAUAUUGAAUGGGAGAGCAGGUUCGCAGGGCUGAAUGGCCUGCUCCUACUCCCACUUUCUAUCCUUCCAUAAUUAACAUAACACCUGGCCCAAAAACAGAAGUUGCUGGAAAAGCUCAGCCGGCCUGGCAGCAUCUGUGCCGAGAAAUCAGAGUUAGCGCUUUGUGUUCAGCGACCCUUCCUCAGAACUGAACGCCUGGAAAGAAAUUGGAGUCCCCAAAAUAUGUCUGAAAACUUAAAGACCAUCAUCUCCUGGGUGGAGGGACAGGGAUCCAAUUAAUAGUGACAGGGAACAAAAGGAAGAUGGCGGUCGUAAUUUGCUGUGAGUCGCUCUUGCUCCUUGUUAGCAAAGGAGUGGCAGAAAAUUGCUGUUCAUUGAGCUUACAGCUAAGCACCCCCCAACCCUCCCAACGGCAAGGGAGCAGUUCUAGUGCAAUUCCUGAUCUUCAGGUUGACCACACCAAGAUGGAGAAAGGGCAAAACAGAAGAUGGGUUGGUGGGUGAUGGCAAUGCUCAAGGCUUUACCCUACGGUGAAUGGGCAAGAGAGAAUGUGGGAGUGCCGCUGACACGGAGGUCCAUUUGAUGCCCCAAAGUGCCCCAACUGAAGCAUUCACGAGCUCGAUGGUUGUUAGGUCAGGAAUUUCUUUUUCCUUCAUUAAUUUAUUCAGAGGAUGAGGCUAGGCCAGCAUUUAUUGCCCAUCCCCAAUUGCCCAGAGGGCAGUUAAGAGUCAACCACAUUGCUGUGGGUCUGGAGUCACAUUUAAGCCAAACCAGGUUAAGAUGGUUCCUUCCCUCAUGGGCAUUAGCGAACCAGAUGGGUUUUUUCAACAAUCGACAAUGGAUUCAUGGAGAUCCGAAUCCCAGAUAUUUAUUGAAUUCAAAUUCCACCAUCUGCCGUGGCAGGAUGCGAACCCGGGUCCCGAGAACAUGAUCUGGGUCUCUGGGUUAACAGUCCAGUGAUAUUAUGGCUAGUCUAUCUCCUCCACUUGAGCAGCCAUGAUCGUAUAGAAGGGAGGGACAGGCGGGAAAGGCUGUAAAACGCACCCCUGCUCCUAACUCGUAUGUUCAGAUGGUGACCCAGUUUUGCCAAUCCAUCUCAUAGAGUCACACAGCAUGGAAACAGACCCUUCAAUCCAAAUUAGUCCAUGCCAACCAUUUUCCCAACCUAAACUGGUCCCACCUGCCUGUGUUUGGCCCACAUCCCUCCAAAUCUUUCCUAUUCAUGUCCUUAUCCAAAUGUCUUUUAAAUGCUGUAACUGUACCCCCAUCCACCACUUCCUCUGGAAGUUCAUUCCACACAUGAACCACCCUCUGUGUAAAAACGUUGCCCCUCAAGUCCUUUUUAAACCUUUCUCGUUUCACAUUAAAAAUAUCCCCCUUAGUUUUUGAAAUCUCCAUCCCUAGGGAGCAGACCUUUGAUAUUCACCUUAUCUAUACCCGUCAUGAUUUUAUAAACCUCUAUAAGGUCACCCCUCAACCUCCUACGCUCCAGUCAAAGAAGUCCCAGCCUAUCCUGCCUCUCCUUAUAACUCAUACUCUCCAUUCCUGGCAACAUCCUGGUAAAUCUUUUCUGAACCCUCUGCAACUUAUAUCCUUCCUAUAACAGGGCGACCAGAACUGGACACAGUACUCCAGAAGAGGCUUCGCCGAUGUCCUGUACAGCCUCCGGGGAAUGAGGGGCUCGUGAAUUUUUUCUGAACAUUAUUUUUAAUGCCAUGUCCACUUAAUGUGGAUUUGAUAAAUUGCUGAUUACAUUAAAAUGGCGCAUUCAUUAGUCUACGAUGAUCAGCCAGCAAAAAUCCCCUGCCCGAAAUAAAUUAUUACGAAGAAUGAUCAGGAAGUGGAAUGCUUUCCUCAGGUAUAAAUCCUGAGUAUUAUUUGAGCAAAGUUGGACAUUAGGAUAAUGUUAUGAGAAUAUAAGAAACAGGAACUGGCAUAGGCCAUUCAGCCCAUCAAACUUGAUCCUCCGUUCAGUCACAACUGAUUUGUUUAUGGCCUUAACUCUAUUUUCUUUCCGGUUCUGGAACAGCCACGACUCCUUUAUCAGUCAGAUAUCCAACAAACUUAGCUUUGAAUAGAUUCGCUGACCACUGUUCUUGUUUUUAAUCACUCAUGGGAUGUGGGUGCCAUUGCUAGGCCAGCAUUUAUUGUCCAUCCCUAAUUGCCCAGAGGUCAACCACGUUGCAGUGGGUCUAGAGUCACAUGUAGGCUCAGACUGGGUGAGGAUGGCAGUUUUCCUUCCCUAAGGGACAUUUUCUGGGGAAGGGAAUUCCACAGUCUCUCCGAGGGAAGAAAUUCCUCCUCAUCCCCAUCUUCCCUCUCUUUGGAAGCGCCAUCCCAGGCCUCAAUCUGCCAUAGAGCAGAAACAGCCUGUCAGUGUCUCCAUGGAGAUUGCAGGGCAGGAAAAGGGGGGAUGCUCAGACAUUGAGAAUUGAGAUGAGGUUGGAGCCUUUCUUCCUCAGGGACAAGGAAUCUCGGGAAUGCUCUGUCCCAAUGGGCAAUGGAAGCUCAGCCAUCAAGUUCAUUUUAGAAUAAGACGGACAGAUUUUCACACUCUUAAGUCAAAGGUAGAUGGGGUUUCAAUUAUUAGGUGGAUUUAAAGAGGAACGUCAGCAACUGGUGUUAUUAUUUUGACAGAGUAGUGGAAGAUAUGACCGACUUCUGCUUGUGUCUCUCACAUUAUUAACUCUGGAUAGAUAAACAGGGAUGUAUUUUGAAUGGGAAAUGUGUGUCUUGCAGAGAUGGAACAGUAGGAACAGUAUGCCAUUUCAGAGGACUAGAAUGCAUAAAUGGGAAGACUUUUAGCAAGGAGAUCAGUUAGAAACAUCCCUGACAAAGGGUCAUUAAUCAGUGGAAUUCUCUUCCCCAGAGAGCUGUAGGGGCUGAGUCAUUGAAUACUUAUAAGGAUGAAAGAGAUUCUUGAUUCAGAGGCAAGGCUACACGGAGAGGGGUCAGAUAGGUAUAGUUGAAGCCUCAAUUAGAUGAUUUUGUUUGAUGGUAGAGCAGUAUCAAGAGGGCCAAAUGGCCUACUUAUGCUCCCAAUUUAUAUGUUUAAAUGAAUCAAUCUAAAAAGGUUAAAAUUUAAGGAGAGAUGGUGGGAAAGGACAAGACAGAAGUUGAGUUUGUACAAGAUGUUGGUGAGGCCUCUUCUGGCGUACUGUGUCCCGUUCUGGUCUCUGUGUAAUAGAAAGAAUAUUAUUAAGUUGGAGAGGGCUCAGAAAAGAUUUGCCAGGAUGUUGCUGGGAAUGGAAGGUUUGAGUUAUGAGGAGAAACUGAAUAGACUGGGACUUUAUUCACUGGAGUGUAGAAGGUUGAGGGGUGACCUUAAAGAGAUUUGUAAAAGGAUGAGGGUUAUAUGUAAAGUGAAUUGCAGAUGGGAUGCCCCUAGGAUGGGGUAUUUCAAGACUAGAGGGCCCCUUUGUAAGGUAAGAAGAGAGAGAUUUAGAAAAGACAUGAGGGGCAGUUUGUUUACACAGAGCGUGGUUCAUGUUCAGAAGGAGCAUCCAGAAGUAGUCGUGGAUGCAGGUAUAGUUACAAAGUUUAAAAGACAUUUAGAUACGUGCAUGAACAGGAAAGGUUUGAAGGGAUAUGGGCCAGGAACAGGCAAGUGGGACUCGUUUAGUUUGGGAAUAUGGUCAGCAUGGACUGGUUGGGACCAAAGAGCCUGUUUCAGUGUUGUCUGACUCAAUGACUCUUAUGUUGAAGUUGCACAGGACAUUCUGGGGCACUAUAUCUAGUUCUGGUCGCCCUGUUGUAGGAAGGAUAUUAUUAAGCUGACGAGGGUUCAGAAGAGAUUUACCAGGAUGUUACCAGGAAUGGAGGGUUUGAGUUAUAAGGAGAGGCAGGAUAGGCUGGGACUUUUUUCACUGGAGUUUUGGAGGUUGAGGUGUGACCUUACAAGGGUUUACAAAAUCAUGGGGAGGGGGGGAGAUAAGGUGAUUGGCAGGUGUCUUUUCCCUUGGGUGGGGGAUUUCAAGACUAGGGGCAUAUUUGUAAAAGUUGAGAAGAGAAAAAUUUUAAAAAGACAUGAGGGGCAAUUUUGUUUUUACGCAGAGAGUGGUUCGUGUGUGGAUUGAACUUCCAGAAGAAUUGGUGGAUGUGGGUACAAUUAUAAUGUUUAAAAGACAUUUAGAUAAGUACAUUUGGAUUAAAUGGGUCAAACACAGGCAGAUGGGACUAGUUUAGUUUGGGAUUAUAGUCAGCAUGGACUGGUUGGACCGAACGGUCUGUUUCUUUAAGAGAAAAAAAAUACUGUUAGAUAUUUUGCAGGGAUAUUAUUUUUAAAAAAUAAGCUUGAACUGAGUGGUAUGUAAGAGAAUUAACUAACGUUACAAUUCUUGAGUAAAUUUUAACCCAUUACUCACUCUCCUGGGAAGAUUAGGAAUGAAGUAGUUGGGGGCGGUAUUCAUGGAUUAUUUCUGCUUUGAGAUGAACAACAAGGGGAACAACUGAUGCAAAACUUCAACAUUUUAAAAAUUAUCCAGUCACAACAAAACACAUUGUUAACCUUUUGAGUUAAUAGAAUGUGAGGCUGGAUGAACACAU